AUGAUUGACGAAGGAGACUUUGUGGAAGUACGAGAGGACAGCUUGCGGAAGCUUGUUAUGAACGACUUCUUUCUCAAGCUGCGCCUUGGUCAUAUAAGGGGAUUCGUCGGCUACGACAAUGCCACAGUUAUACAAAGGCCUCCCGGGGUCGAAUCGAGCCAGGGUGGUUUCUUCCUCGCUUUCCUCACGGUCUUCCUCACUUUCCUCACGGUCUUCCUCACUCUCCUCACUCUCGUCACUCUCUUCGUCAUCUGCCUCACUCUUGCCUUCCAUGUUUUCCCCAACCGCUGUCGACAAGGUAGCUUCUAA